UUGGCGCGGGGGGUUGCUACUGAUCGGACGGGCGCGGGAGGGGGAUACGUGUCCUCCGCUCAUUGGUUGAGUUGCGCCGCCGCCUCUCCUCCGCUCCACCCCCGCUCUCUCUCUCGAGUCGCCGCCGGAGACGACGACGGCGGCGGCGGCGGCGAAGGCCCGGAGAGCUCGCCGUCUGAUUGCGCCGUAUGCUUGUUUCGCAGAUGGAGAUGGGGAUGAAUUCUGUGCAGCCGAAUGCUCAGUUUCCUGUGCCGCACAAGUCCCUCUCUUUGGAUAUCAAUGGCAAUAAGACAGAUAUUGUUAUCAGCAAGUAUGAGGAUAACUUUAUGGUGAUGGUGACACAAAUAGGAUGCAUGGGAACCAUACUAGCUGCCAGGAAAGAUGAAAGUGUUUUUUCUGAUCCAACCUACAAUGUAUCUGUUCUUUUUGGAAAGAGAGAUGAGCCAUUACUACUAGCUUGUGCACGCCAACUUAUUGAACACAUAAGUGGUAGUGGCUCAGCACGGUCAUUGAUGAUAUCUCUUGGUCUGAAGGAUCAUUCCCAGGCAACAAUGAAAUAUAUUGUUUCCACCAUAAUUGAGAACCGCCUAUGGUAAUAGUUUUGCAUACCGAGCUGGGAUUGGAAUGGCUGGGCACAUAUAUAUUCACUUCAUCAACAUAGAUGUUGACAUGAUUAGUGCUGAGCAAUUAACACUCACCAAUCUAGAAUUUUGUAACUAUGAUUUCUUUGGAGUCGAUGUAUCACAAAGUAGUUAUAUAACCAAAGUUAUAGCGAGAAUUGCACUACUAGCUUUGAUGAGUAUUUCAUCUACGAGCUUCUGAAUGCUAAUGGUUGUAUUCCUGUUGCUUUGCUAAUUGGGUUAAUUUGGGGCCCAAAAUUGGUGAAAGCAAAGCACUUUUCUGGAGCAUAUUUAUUUGGUAUUGAAUUUUGUGAAUAAUCUAAAUAUACCCUCUCUAGAGCAA